GAAAAAAUGAUACGGUAUGUACUUAUUUUUCAAAAUUAAUUUUUUAUUUUAUAUCAAAACACUAUAGAACAAAGUUAUUUUUAUUAAAUAUCCAAAAAUAUUUCUUUUUUGUUUACAGUAAAGAAAAGAGAAUGAGAAGUAACAUUUAUAUAUCACAAUUGCAAAAGCAGUAGUUCGUGAAGAAAUCAAUUUUAAUUAUAUUCAUCAUGUUCGUGGUAAACAAGUUUAUACAGAAAAGCUUCAAGGAAUCAUUUUGGCAAAAUUAAAAUAUGGAAAAAGCAUUUGGUUUUGCAAAAAAGACUUUGGACUUAACACAAAAAUUAGAUUAUUAUAAUGAGUUGAAUGGAUUACUUCAAACAUAUAUUAAUGAAAAGCAACAAGAAUUACUUUGUAAUCAAACAACUGAUGAAAGUCGAUACUUAAGUGAAGGAGAAACUUUAAGACAGAAUAAGAAACAAAAGAAAACUGAAGGCAACUUAGAGGUUAAUGGAAAUAAUAAGAGUGUAAAGAAUGUGGGGGUACAGGAAAAAAUUAUGAGUAACUUUUCAAGCAAACUAAGUACUUGUCGUAAAGUAAGAUGGGAACCCAAUGCAAACAAAAUAGUGGUUAGUUUAUGUCCACAAAAACAUUUUUAUGAAGCACCUAUGUAUGCCAUAAGAAAUGAUUUCGCAGGAUCAAUUAAAGAAGACAACAAAGAAAAUGUCAAUGAAGAAAUUUCAAUAAUUAAUAAAGUCAUGAAUAUUAGAACUGGAAUUUCACACUACAAGAUAGUAUUUUUAUCAGAAGAGAAUAAUCUUGACCCAAUCAAAUCAAAACUUAGUCAGGAAGAAUAGAUUAAACUAGAAAUAGAUUGGUUUAAGGUUUGUUUAAUUAAUUGUAUUAUUAUCAGAAAAACUGAUAUAAUUAUUAAUUUUUUUUUUCAAAAUGAUUUAUCCUAUUUGUCCUAUUAAAUAGUGGUAUAAAUGAAAAUAUAGGAGAACUUUUAGAAAUAUACAAUAAUAUGAUUAGUGAGGCAAUGUUUAACUAUUAUAUUAAUUUGGAAUUUAGAUCACAUAGCUCUCAAUUUUAAUAAAAAUGCUCUAAUUAAUUCAACUAUACUUCUCAGUAGAAUUAAAAAGUCAAUGUCAAAAUAUUAUGGCAGUGAAUUAUGGCAUUUUAAUUAUGUCUAG